GUCGCACAUGCGCAGUACACGCAGUUUUUUCCUGUUCCUUGGUAGUGACAGAACAACAGCAGAAAGACCAGAUGGAGGCACUUUGAAGUCUUUCUACAGAUUUUACUCCGCAUAACAAUCACUACUUUUUGAAGAACCAAACCCUUCGCCAUGGCGUCUGCUGAGGGAAACCUACGAGAAGAGCUGACAUGCGUGAUUUGCUGUGACAUGUUCCGAGAGCCCGUGAUGCUGGCGUGCAUGCACCGAUUCUGUAGACCGUGCAUCAGUAGGUACUGGAGGGGGACUCAGGGCCCCGUCACGUGCCCACAGUGCCGCAAAGAAUUCAACAAUACACAGCUACAGACUGACUACCUUGUAACUGCCAUGGUAGAGAAGGUCAGAGGCUCCUGCUCUUUUGUCAAGAACCAUGAGAAACAAGUAAAAGAGGCUUUGGACAGUCACCGGCAGAAAAGAGAGGACAUUAUCAACAUUAUUCACAAAGACCAAGACAAAAUGGAUACCAUAAAGAGAUUGUCAGCGGAACUUGAAGCCCAUGUGCAUGAGGAGUUCAGAGCUCUUCAUCAGAUUCUGCAGGAUGAGGAAGACUAUGCCCUUGAGCAGCUCAAAAGAGAGCAACAAGAGGAGCUGGAGAAGGUCCACCAUCACCUUGAGCCCACAGAAAAAGCCCUGAAGGACCUUGAGGAGAACAUUAAAGUGCUUGAGAAAGCCAGCAGCUCCACUGAACAAACUACUCUGACCCAGCUGCCACCACUCAGGCCAUGUGUCCAAGUGGAAUUGGCUCCAGACUUUGAUGCAAAUGCUUUCAGCCACAAAUAUAUAGCCCCAUUACAGUAUAUCACAUGGAGAAAGAUGUACAAAUCUUUGAAGCCAGGUCCUUCUCCAUUAACGUUUGAUAUCAACACAGCACAUCCCAGCAUCACCAUCUCCCCUGACAAGACAGUGGCCGUGGAGAGUGAUACCCCAGUUCUUUACAAAGCACACCAGAUGCGUUUUCUCCAGUGUGUUAAUGUACUGGCAACACAAGGCUUCCACACAGGCCGGCACUACUGGGAGGUGGAACUGGGAUCCAAGUCCAAGUGGGAUCUGGGAGUGGCCUCUGAAGCUGUGGACAGACAUGGUCGCGUCAAGCUGAGUCCAGCAAAUGGUUACUGGACGCUCAGGCUGCGAAACCAGAGUGAAUACUUUGCAGGGACACAGCCAUGGACACGACUGCACCUCAGCUCCCCUCUGCACAGAGUAGGUGUGUUUCUGGAUUGUGAUGAAAGAAGAGUUUCUUUCUACAAUGCUGAUGAUAUGAGCCUCAUUUAUUCAUUUGCCAAUGGGCCUCGGGGCAAGGUGUUCCCCUUUUUCAGUCCAUGUAUUAGUAAUAGUCCAAAGCCACAGCCCAUCCAGCUGCUCCACUAUCCCCCAGUCGCCUUGUCUGGCUAAUGUGGUGUACGAGCUGCACAUUCACGUAUUGACCAAAAACUUUUCUGACUCAAUAAUUAUAGGUAAUUGUGUUGUCUUUAGAGAUUCUCUGCUGAGUGGAUAUGUGCAGGUAGAAAUUUUCAUGAAAAGAAAACAUGAACUGUAAUGAAGAAAUUAAUUUGAGGGAAAAGAAGGAGCUAUGUCACGUCAACUAAGCGCAUCAACUUGUAUUUUAGCAGCAUCACAUAUUUAAUCAGUUCAUCUUUGCCAUUAUAAUUUGACUUUGACUUUCUUGUAAGGCUUUAGUCAUCAUACAUCAUUAUAAGGAAAUCGGUGUUGAAAUAAUUUAGAUCAUAUUUGUAAUUGUUUUUAACUUGUAUCACUUUUGUAUAUCAUACUAUCAUUAAUUAAUGUAUUACUGUUAUACAGUAUUUAGGAUGAAAGUUUGUAACAAAGACACAAGUAUAAUCAGUUAAUAGACUGUAAAUGUGCUUAUGAUGCCAAAAAUAAAGCCAAUCAUGUUCUGUACAUCAAAAGGAAA